AUGGCUCCUGGGAGUAAGACGGCCGGCCUUGCCCAGGUUCAUCGAGACCUCGGCCAGCCAACGCUCACAGUCACAAUACGACGUGGCGUGAGAAUUAUUUCCACCCGUGGAUUUUCAAGGGAUGUCGAGAGCGCGCCGAACCCAGCAGAGGUUCAACGCAGGGUGAUAGAGACCGCCUCUAAAGCGGAUCUCGCUCCUCCCCUCAUGCUAGGUGCCCUGCUAUUUCCCCGUUCACCAGCUGUAUUUUGCACUGCAUUUGCGAAACACAACAACCUUCGGAUUCUCGAUCAACACGCUGGCAUCAUUUCACCGGCUCUCGACCUUCCCCCCACUGAGGGUGAUCCUCUGUCCCCUGCUCCAUGGAUGAAGCAUGAACAGUCGAAUGACAACACCCUGGGCUUCAUCGUAUACCGCAGUUGGUGCCAGAGCUUCUACUCCGCAUCAAGUCUCCGCCCUCUCUCAGGGCAGUGGACCUUUUUCAAUAAGAAGAUUGGGGCUUUGAAGCAUCAGGCAGCUGAUGGCAACGCCCCGGCGACUCUUGUCAAGGAGACUACUUCUGGUCGCAAUCGGGGCCCCAAGCCCAAGAAGGCUGGUUCCGACGACGAACCGGCCGCCCCGAUUGUGGCAAGCCAGGAGUACCAGCCACAGCAAGUGCUCACUGGCAAGUUCAUGCCCAUGAAUGAGGUCGUUCAAACCGUUGCCGCUCUACCAUCCAGCAUGGAUGCCAAUGGAGAGGUCUAG